CUACUGAGUUCAUUUUUACUUCUUUCCACCAUGUCGGACGAAACACCUUCUCCAGAAAUUCAAAUCAACGUUAAAGGACCUAACGAACUCAAGUUACAGAUAACGAUCGCUACCGACAAGACUGUGGCAGACUUGAAGGAGGCAAUCGCAGAGCAAUCGGAUGUCGAAGCAGCAAGGCAACGUCUGAUCUAUUCUGGGCGGGUGCUGAAGGAUGAAGAUGCACUUUCAGCAUAUAAAAUUCAAUCAUCGCAUACAAUCCAUAUGGUGAAAGGUGCCGCACGAUCAGGUGGGACGGGCUCAACUCCGUCGCAAUCCACCUCCCACCCACUCCCCACGAUGCAAUCUGGACAGAAUCCUUCCGAUCCCCUGACGCAACUAAACUCACAUAUGGGCUUUGGUGCUAUGGCUGGUCUGAAUCCGUUUGCAGAUAUGGGAUUGAAUCCCAAUGAUCCAAACAUGAUGCAAUCCAUGAUGAACUCACCGGAAGUCUUGCAGCAGAUGGCUGGUAUGAUGUCAAACCCUGCUAUCGUGGAUCAGAUUAUUGCAAAUAAUCCUCAGCUACAAGGAAUGGGGCCUCAGGUUAGAGAAAUCUUUCAAAGUGAGGGGUUCCGAAAUAUGGUGUCGAAUCCCGAAACUUUACGUAUGAUGUUCAACAUGUCGGCCGCCAUGCGAGGUGGUGGAAGCCCAUUUGACGCAUUUGCUGGAGGUAGUACAGAAACCUUCCCCGCUCCCGGCGUACCAGGGGGUACUACCGGUGGCUCCAACACCACGACUUUCAGCACGACACCUGGUGCCACUGGCGCGAACACCGCUUCACCACCAAACCCCUUGUUCAAUCCAGCUAUGAUGCAACAGAUGAUGAGCGCGAUGGGAGGCAGUCCUAAUUCUAAUCCAUGGUCAAUGGGCGGGUUGGGAGGAUUUGGCUCUCCUCCGACGGACAGCAGACCUCCUGAAGAACGGUUCCAAACCCAGCUACAGCAAUUGCAAGACAUGGGGUUUACAAAUGCGUCGCAGAACAUUCGAGCGUUGUUAGCAACGGCAGGAAACGUCCCUGCAGCCAUCGAGUACAUCUUAGGCGGUGGUGGAUUAUAAUCACUGGGAAUUGGGAAAGAUGUUAGCGGCUGACGUUAUCCUUUCGUUGACAUAGCUAUUUAUACGUCUAUUUCUUUAUUCGUUUAGGGUGACUGAUCAUGUCACCUGGUAUGUAUUGAAUCGUGUGCCACGAAUCGUAAUGUAGUAUUUGGCAAAAGACAGCAAUAUGGUAUAUAUAUACUCCAAACAACAAAGAAACGA